GUCAUUCCACUCGAUGAUCCGCCAUUGGCAGAGUUGCCGAGUACGCGGAGUGGUCAUUUCACGCCAGCGAGCUGUCGAUUUUUUUCCCCCCCGUAUCUUUUUUUCAUUCCUGUGCCCAGUUACGCUUCCCCCCAUAUUCCCUGCACACAAGACCGCCGGAUUUUUUACCCGCACCGCAGCAGCUAUGCUUUACCAAGGAAGGGAGCUCGGAGUAACGUCCCGUUCCGACCUCCUAUGAGAGCCAACACCUCGUAGGAGCUCUUGUCGGAGCCGCUAGGCCUAACCAGCGGAGCGUGUGAGUGUUGUGCAUGUGUGUGUGUGUGUCGUGUGUGCCGAUCGCUCGUGCUAACAACCCGUGGCUCUGCCGUCCGGCGGACCGAUCAGUCCCGAUGGCGGGCCGCUAGCGACUUCGGCUGCGAGCCAUGUCCCGCGAGUACGGUGCGACCGGUGCUGGCUUCUGGCGUACGCUCUCUCGGCGGUUCAGCGGUGUCGGCGGGCGCAUUGAGGAUGUCGACUUUCUACGGGGACUGAACGAGCGCCGAGUCCGCUGUGAUACAGGCGGCCCCGCGGAUCGCCUAGCGAUCCUACGCGGGAUCUGACGACGUCGUCGCUGGAUCGCGUCCACCGACUCCGACCGACGUGGAGACCGGCUCGGUAGCCGAGGCAGCCACCAUGUCCAAGAAAGGGGACUGCCGCUGCCCCGAGGAGCGGAUACGCGAGCUCGAACAAAUGUUCCUCGGAGGGCCCGUGCUGGCCAGCGGCAAGGCCUUCACCGUCGAGGGCCUCAUCGACGUGCUGGUGGUGCUUUACGACGAGUGCUGCAACUCGUCGCUACGCAAGGAGAAGACGAUGACCAACUUCAUCGAGUACGUCAAACCUGUGGUUCAGAGGAUCAAGGACCUGAGGCUGACCAAGGACGACUUCGACGUGCUCAAGGUGAUAGGAAGGGGAGCGUUUGGAGAGGUGGCUGUGGUGCGAGAGCGGAACACGGGCCAAGUGUACGCCAUGAAGAUCCUCAACAAGUGGGAAAUGCUCAAGAGGGCGGAGACGGCCUGUUUCCAAGAAGAGCGUGACGUCCUCGUUUUUGGAGACAGGCGGUGGAUCACGAAUCUGCACUACUCCUUUCAAGAUGAGACCAACUUGUACCUGGUAAUGGACUACUACUGUGGCGGCGACCUGCUCACGCUGCUGAGCAAGUUCGAGGACAAGCUGCCCGAGGAGAUGUCCCGCUUCUACAUCACGGAGAUGAUCCUGGCCGUGGACUCCAUCCACUCGCUCCACUACGUCCACCGGGACAUCAAGCCAGACAACGUGCUGCUGGACGCCAACGGACACAUUCGCCUGGCCGACUUUGGCUCCUGCCUCAGGCUGUGCGACGACGGAACGGUUCAGUCCAACGUUGCGGUCGGCACCCCUGACUACAUAUCUCCCGAAAUCCUAAGGGCGAUGGAAGAUGGGCAGGGCAGGUACGGCCCGGAGUGCGACUGGUGGUCCCUGGGCGUCUGCAUGUACGAGAUGCUGUACGGGGAGACGCCUUUCUACGCCGAGUCCCUCGUGGAGACCUACGGCAAGAUCAUGAACCACAAGAACUGCUUCGACUUCCCGGACGAUCCGGGCUGCUCGGUGUCGGAGGAUGCCAAGGACCUGAUGCGGCGGCUCAUCUGCAGCGCGGACUGCCGGCUGGGUCAGAACGGCCUGGAGGACUUCAAGCGCCACCCCUGGUUCAAAGGGGUCGACUGGGACCACGUACGCCAGAGCCAGGCGCCCUACAUUCCGGAGGUGAGCAGUCCGACGGACACCUCCAACUUCGACGUGGACGAGGCCGACCUCAAGCAGCCCGAGUCCGGCCCCCCGAGCGCCAAUGCGGUGUUCUCUGGGCUGCACCUGCCCUUUGUGGGCUUCACGUACACCCUGGGCAGCCGGCUGGCCCAGGGGGAGGAGACGGCCGUGGACGACAGCCACGUCGUCUGCCGCAGGAAGAUCCAGGCCCUGGAGCGGGAGAAGCAGGACAUGUGCCAGAGGAUGGCCAGGGACCUCAAGAGGGGGCUCCCCAACUCUGGCGGCGGAGGUGACGUGGUGCUGCGCAACAGCUCCACCACGGACGGGGAGGUGCGCAAGCUGCAGGACGAGGUGAACACCUUCCGGAAGAAGAAUGCUGAACUGCAGCUAGAGCUGGAGCAGCACCAGCCCCUGUCCAACUCGCACGGCGGCCACUCCGUCGGGGUGGGCGACGUCAAGGUCAAGGAGCUGGAGAAGGCGCUGCGUCUCGCACGGGCGGAGAAGGACGACAUCCACCGCGACCUGACAGAAGCCCAAGAGAAGCUGAAGCAGCAGACAAAGGAACUGAAGGAUGCCCUAGCCCAGAGGAAACUAGCCAUGGAUGAAUACACCGAAGUCAGCGACAAGCUGUCCGACCUGCGCACCCAGAAGCAGAAGCUGUCGCGGCAGGUGCGGGACAAGGAGGAGGAACUGGAGAAGGCCAUGCACAAGAUCGACAGCCUCCGGCAAGACCUCAGGAAGGCCGACAAGCUGCGCAGAGAACUGGAGGCCCGGGCGGAGGAGACCCAGGCGGAAGCCCUGAAGGAGCGGCGCCUGCGAGAGCGCAGCGACGAGUACGUGCACCACCUGGAGGGGGAAGUGGAGGCCCUGCGCCAGUGCCAGCUGGGACGCCUCUCCACCCAGGGCACGGACGUCUCCCAGGAGGCCGCCAGGUUGAAGAGUGAGCUGGAGAACCAAGAGGUGAAGUUCCGGGAGCUGGAGAUUCAGCUGCAGACGAGGCACGCGACCGAGCUGAACUCGGUGCGUGACCAGCUCCGCGAAGCCGACAGCGCCCGGGACACCCUCUUCAAGGAGGUGAUGAUGCUCAAGGAGAAGAACGAAAAGUACCGGGCUGAGAGCGCCAUGGAGAGCCAGGAGACCCUGGCAGAGAUCAAGAAGGCCCACGAGCGGGAGAAGGCCAUGCUCUCCGAAGAGGUCCGCAAGCUCACCCGGGAAGGGGAGCAGCUGGCGGAGACUGUGAGGAGACUGCACGAGGAGCGGAGGUGCUUCGAAGAGGAGAUGGGCCAGCUGCGGGAGAAGAAGGAGUCCGUCGCUCAGUGGGAAGCACAGAUCAGCGAGAUCAUCCAGUGGGUGAGCGACGAGAAGGAUGCCCGUGGCUACCUGCAAGCCCUGGCCACCAAGAUGACGGAGGAGCUGGACUACCUGAGGAUGAGCGGACUGCCCACGCCCACUGCGGAGAAGAACUGGCGCAACCGGCGGUCCCAGAAGCUGGAAAAGAUGGAGCUGCUCACCCUGCAGUCGAGCCUCCAGAGCGAGAUCCAGGCCAAGCAGGUGGUCUGCGAGGAGCUGAGCCGGGUGCGGGCAGAGCUCGUUGCCCAGCAGAAGGAGCAUCGCAAGAUUCAGCAGGAGUUUGAGCACUUCCGGAAGGAGUCUACCAAGAAGGACUCCCAGAUCCGAGACCUGCAGCAGCGCUUGGAAGCCACAGGUGACGGAUUCCUGGAGCGGCCGUCUUCGCAGAUGUCUUUCCUCGACCAGUUCCUCAAGGACACCUCGCGACUCAAUCACAGUGAAAGCGGGGAGUCCGCCGGAGAAGCCGUUGCCAACGACACGACGGAGUCCGAGAUGGAAAACCAGGUGCCGCCGCCACCCAUCGUCAGGUCCAGCACCUCCACCGAGGAACGGCGAGGAAUCAAAAUCUCCUCCCCGAUUAGCGACGCGCGUCCCACAAUCACGGUUCUCACGCCCAAGCCCAAGGCGCACCAGUUCCUGGUGCGGACGUUUGUGGCGCCCCUCAAGUGCAACCACUGCACCUCCCUCAUGGUGGGCCUCAUCCGGCAAGGGGCUGUGUGCGAGGUGUGUGGCUUUGCCUGCCACGUCACGUGUCAAGACAAGGUGCCUGCCGUGUGUCCAGUGCCAAUGGAUCAGAGUGAGCAGACCUUCUUUCAGACUGCCGCCUCAAAAAGGCCGGUUGGAAUCGACCCAACAAGAGGCGUGGGAACAGCCUACGAAGGAUAUGUCAAGGUGCCCAAACUGGGCGGCGUGAAGAAAGGCUGGCAGAGGCAGUUUGUGGCUGUCUGCGACUUCAAGCUCUUCCUGUACGACCUGCUGCAGGAGAAGAACGUCCAGCCGGCAGUGUCUGCCUCCCAGGUGCUCGACAUGAGGGACGAGGAAUUCUCGGUCACCUCCGUGCUCGAGUCGGACGUGAUCCACGCCAACCGGAAGGACAUCCCGUGCAUCUUUCGAGUGUCGACGUCCAUGAUGGAUCCCCCCGGGCUGCGCAGCCAGACGCUGAUGAUGGUGGACAAGGAGAGCGAGAAGGUCAAGUGGGUGGACGCCCUCAAUGAGCUGCACCGCAUUCUCCGCCGGAACAAGCUGCCCCACAGGACGGUGUUCCAAGCCAAGGAGAUUCUGGACAGCACCCUCGUGAUUAUCAAGAAUGCCUUAUCAGCCACUGUGAUAGACCCGGACCGGAUAGCGCUGGGAACCGAGGAGGGGCUGUACUGCGUCGACCUGGACCGAGAAGGUGAGGGAGAGAUCGCUCGGAUCGGGGACGGCAAGAGGAUCGCUCAGCUCGAGUACAUUCCUGACGAGCAGUUGCUCAUUGCCAUAGCAGGCAAGCAGCGACACCUGCGGCUGAUUCCCGUGGGGGCCCUGGACGGCCACGAGGUCGACUGGAUCAAGGUGGCGGACACCAAGGGCUGCUCGAGCUUCUGCACCACCCGCAUGGACCAUGGGGGCUCCUCUACUUACUACUUCUGCGUGGCCGUCAAGAAGCAGGUGCUGGUACACCAGGUGAACCGCACCAAGAGCCGGCACGGGGGCCGGCAGGUGAUCAGCGUGCCCGGGGUGGCCCAGUGCCUGGACGUCUGGCAGGACCGCCUCUGCGUGGGGCUGCCCUCCCUCUUCUACCUGUACAGCCUGCAGGGCACCACCGAGCCCAUCUGCCUGGUGCAGCCGGACAACAACCUGUCCUUCCUGUACCACAACCCGAUGGAUGCCUUCAUGGCUGUGGAGCUCCCCAACAACGAGUACCUACUCGUGUUCAGCCAGCUUGGAGUGUUUGUGAACAACCUUGGGAAGAAGACCCGAGAGAAAGAAGUGAUGUUCUCUGCCUUACCUCUGGCAGUCAGUUACCACGACUCCUACCUGUGCGUCUACAUGGAGAGCCACGUGGAUGUGUACGAGGUGACCUCUGGGGACUGGGUGCAGACCAUGAACCUCAAGAAGACGAAGCCCCUGUGCCGGCAGGGCCAGCUGUGCUUCUCGCUGACGACGGAGGCGCCCCAGGUGCUGUACCUGCACCCCGUGCACCGGAGGGAGCACGCCGUGAGGGUGGAGCCCCACCGGCCAGGGGCCCCCCACGCCCUGGGGCCCCUCAGGGGCUCCUCGUCCUCCGUCGCUGCCUCCCUGGUCACCAGGGCCCGCAGGAGGUUCUCCGUGCGCGAGCAGGAGAAGCUCCCCAAGGGGGACCGCCGGUCGAGGAUGAUCUCUGCGCCCUCCAACUUCAACCACAUCCAGCACAUGGGGCCCAGCGAGCUCCAGAAACUCAUCGACCUGCCCACGACGGCACAGGGGGUUGCAGCCAUGGAGGAGAAGAGGGCUUGGGUGAAGUCUGUGAAACCUCCAGGUCUGUUUCAAGCGUCACACCUCGAAAGCAGAACCCAAGGGGUGCCCCUGCAGCCCAAGCGGCCCGCCCCCCUGGCUCCCGGCCACAGAACUGCCAAGUCGUCGCUGACAGCCUCUCCCGACGGAUCACUCUCUUCUCAGGAGCACACCUCCGGUCCGCAGGCCUCCUCGGCUCACGACGACUCUGGGCACCAGUCGAGUCCGCGGCACUCCAUCGCCUCCAACAACAGCUCCAACUUGAGCAGCCCCCCAAGUCCGGUGGAUCUCGGCCUGGGCUUGGAAGAUGCGCGCGAGCAGUUCUCCUCGAGCUACGAGUCGCAGAGCUAACUCUCACGGGAAGACGCCCACGAGUCGGCCAGACGCCUUCGUUGAAACGGCGCUGCCAGAAACCUGGCUGCCCGUUUCUCUUGUCCCAGCGGAAGCGCGGCUUCGUCGGGCAACAAGCGGCGUCUGCGGAACAUUGCCAGUAUUUGCCCGAGGCAAAAGUUUUAACUGUUUUAAAGCAUCUCUUUCUUUUUUUCUUUUUUUAUAGAAAAGAGAUUUUUUUUCUUUUCGAGUUGGAUAAGAUGCAGGCAACAACUGCAUCAACGUAGACGAGACAGCACCCAGGAUCUUUAGUGAGAGACGGCUGUAUGAAGAAAUACAAAAAAGAUUAUAUAAAAAGAUAUAUAUAUAUAUACACACACGCCGUAAUAAGUUAUUUAAUGUAGUAUUAUGCUUUGAUCAUCGGUUGUGAAAGAGACGGGAAGACGCAGACGGGUAUUGCCCUCUCUUUGCCGCCGCAGUUCUGUGUUUUGUUAUUAAAAGUCUGAUGCGUAACAACGCAGUUCGGUGGACAUUCUUUGCACCCGGCGUUGGGUGCUGCGGUGUCGGAAGGUCGAGCAGUUUCGUGUUCAGGCUUUAAUGUGUGGCCGAAUUCAGAGCCUACAUUCUUCUGCAAAGCCUUACAGACGAGCCGUAUCAAUCAGCGCGGGUCGUAAGAGACCCUAAAGAAAGAAUAUUCGCACGUCUGUCCCGUGUUUUGUUCUUGACCGGGCGUGUCGUACACCUUUUGAGCGCCCUCUUUUUGUGUUUCUUAUUAAAACAAAAUGAACAGAUUAUUCUUACUUUUUACCGUGUAAUAUAGAUUUUACGACAGAUUAAACAAAGGAUGAGCACAAUGUUUGCAGUUUUAUGUUGCUGAUCCCCCUUUCUGUUUGUGUUGCUUGCUCAGAAGCUCUCCAGCUCUCAUCUCGCAGUGAAAAUGGACUGAAGAUUUUGCACUUCUUCUUUCUUGUUCUUUUGAACGUUCUUUUUGACGCACGAUUGGGUCUCUGAGAUCUCUCGUUUACCUCACGUUUUAAGUUCUCAGUAAACCACAUGUUUUCGUUAUUUGCUAGGUUUCUUUACACCACAGCUGUGCUUGCCUCACGAGCGUGGUGCUCUAUUGAAUGAGCUUCCUUGCCACAUCAAGAAUUUAGUUUCUAACUACGCGUUUUUCUGGCACAGAUACGAACCCUCAAAGAAUGUCGCGCGUGCCUUUCGGUGCUUGGGAGACCGUUGGCAAUAAGAGGGAUUUUCUUCCCAACGCUCUGCAAUGCACAGCAGUGAGUGCAGAGAAACAGAGCACGUUACUCAGCCAUGUUUUUCACUACCGUUCCCAACGUCUUAAAGGGCAAAGAAAAAAGUGCCCUUACAUCUUUUCAAUUGCCUCAAUGAAUCUACAGGGACAAUCGACGUUGCAAUGCACGAUGCAUUUAACCUACCAUAGCCACCUUUAUGCUAACCAUGCCUGUCAACUUCCUGCCCCUCACACUGCUGGAUUCACUCAUGCUUUCAAGCGAAAGGGUUCUGCCAAUGUUCCAAGCCAUAGGUCUCUUUAAGGUCUCUCUUGCUGCCUGCUACAUGGAUCCUCCGAGUUCCACUUUUAAUGCAGCUUUCUGUUGCCUCUUGCAUGGCCAGUAUGCCAUUGAGUAUCUGCCAAUAAUUUCCAUUCCUUAACAGGUCACGCGACAAAUUAUGUCAGAGAGAUACUUGCACAACACUGCAAGGGCAUUGUCGUCAUCAUUACCCUUCCCAGCACUAACGAUGGUGAUAAUAUUUGUGCAUCCUCACAUGCCCAUUGUUUUGAAUUAUUGCGCCGUGUAAACAUACUUUUAGUGUUCUGUUUUAGUAUUCAGCGUUAUGCAACCAAGUUCUAUAGCAUUUCUUUCUAGGGUACACAAGAAUAAAUUGACUUUCACUCUGGAUGGAGUGCAGUUUGUGCCCUCUACACAUCAGCUACUUCUAGACAUAUUAAUAAUAGACCAUUUUAGUAAUGGCUAUUUUUGCACUAGCAAACAAAAAUCAGCAGGAGGUACAGGUAACUAAAGGUACACUGAAGACAAAUUUUUAACAAGUUUUCCUUAGCUGGAAGUUAUGACUGGGCACCCGAUGCUUCGAAUAGCAUUCCUUGUAUGACUGUGUAGUGCAUGGAAAGCUUCAUACCAAGUCCCGGGCAGAUACUUCCGACACAAAAUUUUCUGCCAAAAGCUCGCGAGGGAAGCGACGACGCGGUAUUUCCCUAAAUUAUUGGGAUGAUUGAGGGCAACGACUAUCCUUCCUCGGUAUGCCAUGCUUCGGGGCAUUGCCGACCAUCAAGACACCGGGUCUUGCAGUUUUUCUUGCUGUGAAAGAGAUUCCCUCAAACGGAACCUCAUGGCACCAAAUGCCGACGGAAUGUGGGGAAUGCCCCAAGCUGACAACAUGGCUAGCAUACGGGAGGCUGUGGUUCUUGCUUGCAUGUGUGCAUAGCAAAGACGGGCCGACGUCUGCCUUUUGUUGUGAAGAGAGCGGUUCUUGUGACCUACGUCGUUUUGAGCUCGCCGACGGUCUGCCUCCCUUACAUUCUUUGGUGACCAAAGUUAUUUGGAAGCUGCACAACCUUCUUUUGCCCAGAGAUGUAAAUGUUUCUGUUGCACUUCAUGUUUCCACUUGUGGCAGGGUGAACGGAAACAUAACCUCUCCCAGUGUCAUUUCUUUAUGGGUAUAAAUGACAAAAUGAUGUGCCGCGGUGCUAGCGCAAAAGAGGGAAAUCUUUUGCAAAUGGGGCACUCGUGCCGCUGCGUCUUUUGCCGGAAUGCCUGCUUCUAUGUCUGCCCUUGGUUGUAUAAAGUGACACCUUUGCCUCUCCUUCUCAAAGCUUCUCUCUCUUCCUCCACAUGCCUACCCUCAUGUAACGUCUGCUGUUGUAGUACUGCAAGCCUGCGGUUUGCGAGUGACACCUGCGUGUACAUACCUGUAAAACAAGUAUGGCAGUAAAAUUGCUUACAAUUUGUUUGUUAAA